AUGACUUUUGGAACUAUUUUUUCUUUCUAUGGUAACCCAGGCAGUGGAAAAAGUACACUCUGUAAUGCUAAAUUGAGGAAAACAGUAUUUAAAUCUGGUGUGAGUGUAGGAACUGGAUUGACAACUUUUUCAGAAUCUCAUCAAGAUGGAAACAAUCUUAUUAUUGAUUCUCCAGGUUUAGCAGAUCCAAUAAAGAGAAAUGAAGCUGCCAAACAAAUCGAAUCAUCACUUAAAAAGUCAAUUACUGUUGAAUUUGAAUAUGGUUUAAUUAUCAACAAAGUAACCAAACAAGUACAUCAACAUUUGUUGAGUUCACCUGCCAAUCUUCAAGCUUGUAUUCAAAUGGUAGAGAAACAACCGCUGAGAACUCUCAUUGUCAAACACAUGUCCGAGCUGUACGAUGAAGAUAAUGUUUUGGUUGAAGAUAAAGAAACAUUGGAUUCUCUAAACUGUUUCCUUGAAUCUUUACCAAGAAACUUUAUUGAACAAAAAGAUGUUACAACUGUUGAAGUCAAGGAUUAUGACAAGAAAGUGAAAGAGAUGGAACUACUUAUGAUCAAGCUAACCAAGCAAAUCGAAUUGGAGAAAGAGAACAACAAGAAGUUGGGUGAGAAAACUCUGAAAUUGGAAGCUGAUUUAACGCAGCAAAGAUUAGAGAGUAAAGAGAGUACUGCAAGAAUGAUGAAUCAAAUUUUGGAUAUGAAUCAGAAACAGAUGGAACAGACUGCCGAGUUUCAAAGAAAUAUGCAAGAACAAAUGAGACUGACCACUGAAGCAUUGAACAAACCUCCUGUUAUCAUUGAGAAAGGUGGAUCAGGUCCUUGUUCAAUAAUGUAG